UGUAUGCUAGGAUGACAAAAUCCAGUAAACAGUGGGAAAAUGGAGCUUUUGCUAGUUAAGGCAAUUAACUAGUUCCAAGUACUAAUUAAAGUAGCUUUUGCUAAUAAAAUUUGCUUUGCAUAAAAAAUUCCUAAUUAAAGCGGAGAAUUGGAGCACCAAAAUAACCCUUUAUACAAACUGAAAAGAUAUAUACUCCGUAUGUCUGAGUAUUCCAAAUCCUCACUUCGGAAAUGGCCACACAGGGAUGCGUACAGCUGGAAAAUUUAUGCAUGGUUAUGGAAACGUAACAUUGACUCAAGGUAUUCUACACUGCCCCUUGUAAAAACACUGCACCAAGGGCGAAGGAAUAAGGCCUUUUUUGGCUUUGCCUCAUUACGGUAGGGCGUGACUUGAGAGUCCCGUAUAUGGAAACAAGAAUUUAAUGUCAGAGAACUUAUACGAAAGCAUUUCUCACCCAAGAAGAAAAGUAUAUAUUCCCCCAUGCAUAUAUAUUAGACCCCUUAUCAUACCUGAUUUUCACCAACUCACAGUUCAAUCUUCAUUUUAGAAAAUUUCCUCCACCACCAUGUCUACUAGAGAAUUAAGUAUUGGUGGUGGUCAUGAUAAUCGAUCUCCUGACGAAGAAAUUAUAGACAUUAAAAUGUUACUUAAAAGUACUCAUUGAAUCUCAUACAAAUACUCGAAAUGAGAUGAUGGAGAUCUUAAGAAGCAGUACUCAUUCUAAUAAAACUGAUAAAGGAAAAGACAAAGUUGUCGAAAAUCCACCACCACCAGCAUCAUCCGAUCAUCAAAAACAGAAAGUGGGAACUUUUUUUUAUCGCCCCUUCUUGUCUACGAUCCUGGUUCCAUCACUGUCAAUUGGAAAAAAUAAUGCGAACAGCAAUGGUAAACAAGAGAUUGCACAGGUACCUGGUGGUGAUGAUGAAGAAUACAGGCAGCACUCUGAAGUUGGAAAAGACAAAGUUGUCGAAAAUCCACCACCACCAGCAUCAUCCGAUCAUCAAAAACAGAAAGUGGGAACUUUUUUUAUUGCUCCUUCUUGCCUACGAUCCUGGUUCCAUCACUGCCAAUUGGAAAAAAUAAUGCGAACAGCAAUGGUAAACAAGAGAUUGCACAGGUACCUGGUGGUGAUGAUGAAGAAUACAGGCAGCCCUCUGAAGUUGACGAGGCAAUUUAUGUUCCUGGUAGAAACGACCAACUAUACGAAGCACUAAGAGUCGAUGACUUGGAUCCGGCCAAGGAGUUUCUUAAGAACAAUCCUGACGCGAUUAAUCAAGCAAUCACACAUGACUUGGGUACAACAUUGCAUUUGGCUGUAUAUUGGAAUAGAAAGACAGUAUUCGUAGAGGAGAUUAUGAAAUUGAUGACACCUAAAGUACUUGAAUACAAAAUAUGUAUUAAUGGUAUCACAGCACUUCAUACUGCUGCCAGCCGUGGAAUCAUUAAAGCUGUUGUAAUGAUGGUGCAUAAGAACUCAAAAUUGACUCAGAUACGCAAUCACGACGGAAGAACACCAUUCGAAUAUGCUCUUUUUUUGUUACAUUUGGGCAGAAGGAAAUGGUUGAGUAUCUUUACUCAGUGACAAGAGACGAGGAUCCUAACAGUCCGUUCUCGGGUCCUGAUGGUGCUAGGUUAAUAUGCAGCGCAAUAGAUGCUAAUUUCUAUGAUUUGGCAUUUUGUCUUGUCAAACGGUUUCCGAAAUUGGUCAUGGAGAAUUCACCGCAACAUAAUAUGUGUGGAUUAGAGUUGUUGGUUCGAAAGCUGUUUGUGUUUCCAAGUGGGACUAAGCUGACAUGGUGGCAGACCCGCAUCUAUUCAUUAAUUCACGUGGACAUGAAUAUGACAUACGUCCAUACGGCGGAGCCAAACACUUUCCAAUACUCUGCAGAAUGCACUGAAAGAGAUAAAGAGAACUCUCCAGAGUAUGCCAAAACAGAGGAGAGCUUUUCCUUAACCAAACAUACAGGAAUCCUCAUG